CAUCCAACCCAACCUUUGAUGCCGACCAGACUCAUCUGGCGGUGCGCUCAACGCGUACCUCCCGAUCUUGUCGGACCGCCAUCUCUUAUCGGAAAAGCUCGGAGCCUGCGACCCCCAUCGGUCCCGUUUCAAACUGUCUACCCUGAUGUUCGGACAGCACGAAGACGACCUACACCCUACCAUCAUAUGUACCAACCCCUAUACUCAAGUAGCUGUUCUCAAUUACGUACUCUUUUUACCGAAUCUUUACCACCAAUCCUGAUUCCUCCCGUCAUCUUCACGGGACUGCUUCUUUCUCUAUGGACUUGGAAAUGCUUCUGGAUUGUAGUCAUGCAAGAGAAGCUACUCUAUCUCACCUGGCUGCCACCAUUUGCACGAUCUGAAACGGUCUCCGACUACGAGGAUCAAUGUAGGCCAGUGCGCUGGCAAACACACCAAAUUCGGAGCCGUGAUGGAACAAAACUAGCAAUAUGCGAAGGUCGCAUUCCUGUCAAAGCCACCUCGCCUGGAAGCAUCCAAGAGUCGAAGAAUCACAGUAAGAGGAAAUUAGUGGUGAUUUGCUACUUCCAGGGCAACGGCGGCUCGACUCCCAUGAGAUUGCCCCUUCUAUCGCAGUUCCUGCGCGCAAUCCACGCCUCUCCAAAAUCUUCUGCUCCAGCAUCUGAAGGGAAGGACUACGUGGCGGUGGCUCUCUCCUAUCGUGGCUUCUGGACAUCAUCUGGUCGUCCUACCCAACACGGUAUUGAACUUGACACUCAAGCUUUCCUCGACUGGGUUACAGAGACAUAUGCUGCCCCGGACACAGAUUUGCAGGUCAUUCUGUGGGGGCAUAGUUUAGGAACGGCGAUUGCGACCACCGGCCUCGCUACGUAUCUUCCUCGGUCGCACACUGCAGAUUCUCAAGAGCCGGCUUCUAUUGCUGGUGUUAUCCUUGAGGCACCUUCAUCCAGUGUCAAGGAUAUGUUGAUCAGCCUAUAUCCUCAGAAAUGGUUGCCGUAUCGAUAUCUGUGGCCGUUUUUGCGGAGCCAUUGGGAUAGUAUCCUGGCUAUGGAGCGGAUGGCACGGUGGAGAGACAAUCCCAAGAAUAUAAAUGAUCAAAGUGCGGAUGGCGAUGGUGACAAAGCUGUAUUGCCACCAGUCCUAAUAUUGUCUGCCGAGAAAGACGAGGUCAUUCCCCCGCAUGCGGCAGAUAAUUUGGAACGAGAGGGCAGACGUCUUGGUUUGGAUAUCUCUCGGAAACAUGUUCUCGGAGCUCUGCAUACAGAGAUUCCGGUCAAGCCGAGUGGUAGAGAAGCUAUGGUGGACUUUGUUGCUCGAUGUACAUUCAGGCCUACCAAGGACAGGCACAAUGUUACUUAG